CUGUGGCGCGUUUUAUUCAUUCGUGAAUCGUCCGGUACGGCGUCAGCUAGGUUGUUUUUUACGAAAGAAAUAAUUACAAUUUAAAAAUGGAGUUCGUAGGCAAGAAAUACAAGAUGACGGCGUCGGAAAACUUCGACGAAUUUAUGAAGGCUUUGGGCGUGGGCCUCAUCACCCGCAAGGCCGCCAACGCAGUGACCCCCACCGUGGAGCUCCGUAAGGACGGAGACCAGUACACGCUGGUGACCUCCUCCACCUUCAAGACCACGGAGAUGAAGUUCAAGCCCGGGGAGGAGUUUGAUGAGGAGCGCGCUGACGGCGUCCAGGUGAAGACUGUGUGCUCGUUCGAAGGCAACAAGCUGAAGCAGGUGCAGAAGGCCCCUGACGGCCUCGAGGUCACCUAUGUGCGCGAGUUCGGCCCCGAGGAACUGAAGGCGGUCAUGACCGUGAAGGACGUCACCUGCACCCGGGUCUACAAAGUACAAUAAGAAAACCACUCAAGACUGCAGGGCGGCGCCCUACUUUUGUCCUAUUACUUAUAGCACAACUAUUUUAUAAAAUUAAAUUAUGUUACUACGCUCCUACAACUAACUGACUGUCCUGUGAAGCUUGUGUGGUCACUGAUCAGCCAAUCAGAAAGCAACAGCUGAUAGAUUUGACCAAUCAGAAUGCAAUAAAUAGAUUUGACCAAUGAUCACACUCAACUGACUUCACACCUGAAAAUAUCAACGAUUUUUUUUAAAUAAAGCACAGAUGGCAGUCCUUUAUUUGUAGAGUUUAAACGAGUAUAUUAUUCUGUCAAACAUAUUGACACUGCUUGUGAACUCAAAUGUUUAUUUUUGUAUUAUUUGGAAUGCGUGUUUGCCAAAGUUAGGUUAACCCUGUACUACGCGGUGGUGCGAACGUACUAGCGUAUGUUUGCAUAAGAUAUGGCGUGUUAAAUAAACUCGUUUUAUAUAA